AUGGCGCCCAACAAGCAGAAUGGAGCCCCGGCAGCAGCAGACAACGCCGAGUCUCCCGUCUUGGCCUUCUGCGCCAAGCGGCUGAGGAACCUGCGCAAGAGGCUGCGCAAUGCCGAUGAGAUCCAGGCGAAGCUGGAGUCUGGGAAGGCCCUCAACCCGGACCAGGAGCUGGCCCUGUCCAGCAAGCCGGGCCUGCUGGCGGCCAUAGAAGAGCUGGAGAAGAUGGCCUCCGGCCUGAAGGAGGCCCUGAAGGAGGAGCUGGUGGCCGCGGCCGCCGAGGCCCGCACCAAGGCGCUGGCCCAGGCGGAGGCAGCGGCGCGUGAGAAGGCGCAGCAGCAGAAGGGCGAGGCUGAGUAUGUCGCUGAGCGGGAGGCGGCGGUGGCUGCCGCCACCGAGGCCGCCAAGGCUGAACUGGAGGCGGAGAAGGAGAAGGCGGUCAGCGCCGCGGUGGCCGAGGCGGUGGCGGCCGUCAAGGCCGAGGUCGAGGCGGGCGCCGCCGAGGCGCUGGAGGCUGCCCGGGCCGAGGCGCGGGCGGCGGCUGCGGAGGAGGCUGCGGGCACCCUGCUGGACCUCAUGUAUCUGGGCAACAGCUUCGACACCAUGACCCGCACCCCCUACCUGGCCCAGAUUGCCUACCACGAGCGCGCCCACGCCGUCGCCUACGCCCAGCACUUUGGCGUGGCGCUCACGGACGACGACCUGAGCGCUGUGGUGCUGGCCAGCCAUGCUCUGUCCAUGCGCCUCCCUCUGGGCGCCCCCAUCAGCCACGCCGAGGCGCUGCAGCACUGCAAGGAGCUGGCCGCCAAGCUGCUGCAGCGCAGCAGCGAGCAGCAGGCGCUGCCGCCGGGCGCGCCGCCCACCACCCCCCUCACCUACGCUGAGCUGGCGGACAAGCUGGCGGCCAUCAAGUCGCUGCAGCUGUUCCCGCUGGUCCCGCCCUACCCCAUCCCGGCCAUGGUGCAGCCCGCCUCCAAGCCCGCCUCGCCCGCCCCCGGCCAGGCCGGCGAGGAGGCGGCGCCCGCUGCCGCCGCCGCCACCGCGGCACCGGCUGCACCUGCCGCCGCUGCCGCUGCUGCCGCGCCCCGCACCGUGUCCCCUGGUGCCAGCGGGGAGCUGCCCACCGCUGAGCAGGCGGCUGCCUCUGGCCAGAAUCUGGUGGGGCACUUCUUUGGAGGCGCUGCUGCGGCGGCGCCCGGCGCCGACGGCUCCGCCCCCACGUCUGAGGCCCCUGCCGCCGCUGCCGCGGCCCCUGCUGCCGAGGAGGGCGGCGCUGCGGGCGAGGGGGCCACCCCCGAGGAUGCCCGCUACCCUGUGGUGCACCAGGCUGACCCGGGCUUCACAGCCCCGCCCGCAGACAGUGUGCCGCAGCCCGGCGCCCUGUCCUUUGCCGGAGACAAGUCGCUGGGUAUCUCUGGCCCCCUGGAUGCCGCCGCGGGCGGCAGCGGUGCCGCCGAGGCGUCUGCCGAAGGUGGCGCUGCCGGCGCGCCCGACGGCAUGCGCUCCGGCCGCGGCGGCGGCCGCGGCGGCAGCGCCUGGGGCGGCCGCGGCGACGGGCGUGGCCGCGGCCGCUACUACAGCACCCCCGGCCGUGGCCGCAGCGGCGACUUUGUGCCGCGCGGCGGGCGCGGCGGAGAAGGGUAUGGCGCGCGUGGCGGCGGCGGCUUCCGCGGCGGCCGGGGCCCGCAGGAGGGCGGCUACGGCGGCGGCCGCGGCGACAUGUACCGUAACGAGGGAGGCUGGGGCCGUGGAGGCCGCGGCGGGCGUGGGCGGGGUAUGCAGCCCGCAGCCGCCGGCACCGCGCCCCCGCCAGCGGCCGCCCCCGCGCAAGCCGCCCUGCUCUGA